AUGCCAGUUUCAACCAAGACAAGCGACGGUGGCGCGCCACCCACCCUGCCCAAGGGUCCUCCUACCCCCAGCACCCAGGACCAGCCGCUCAGCCUCACCAACCCGGCCAGCUGGAUCCCAUACCUCCAGCUCAUGCGCCUCGACCGGCCGGCGGGGUUCAUCGGGUUCUACAUGCCCUCGAUCCUCGGGCUGGUGUACGCAGCGAGCCUUGCGGGGCCCAGGACGGUGCCACUGCGGCAGCUUCUCGCACAGAGCAUCUUCUGGCUGGUGGCCAACAUCCUCAUCCGCGGGGCGGCCUGCACGUGGAACGACAACAUCGACCAGGAGUAUGACCGGCAGGUCGACCGGUGCCGGGGGCGGCCGAUCGCGCGCGGGGCAGUUUCAACGCAGCAGGCGCACGUCUUCCUGGCGCUGCAGCUGGCGCUCCUGGGACAGCUUUUCCAUACUCUCCUACCCAAACAAACCCCGAGCGCCGCCUACGCCGCCGCGGCCAUGGGCGCCCUCUACGCCCUCUACCCCUUCUGCAAGCGCUUCACCCACUACCCGCAGGCCAUCCUCGGCGUUCCCCUGGCCCUGGCCAUUGUCCUGUCCGCCUACUCGCUGGUCGGUGACGAUGACGCCCAAAGCAAGGGCGACCCCUUCCGCGACCGUCCCACCACCGCCGCUACCCUCGCCCUGGCCCUGGCCGAGAUCCUCUGGACCAUGAUCUAUGACACCGUCUACGCCCACCAGGACCUGCAGGACGACGUCCGCGCCGGCGUCAAGUCCAUGGCCGUCCGCUUCCGCCACUCCACCAAGCCACUCUGCGCCGCGUUGGCCGUGGGCCAGGUCGCCUUGCUCGCCCUCGCCGGCGUCUGGAUCCAGAUGCCCCCCGUGUACUUUGUCGUUGGCGUCGCCGGGUCUGCGGUUGCGCUGGUCGUCAUGCUCGUUUCGGUCGAUCUGUCCGUGCCCGCGAGCUGCGCCCGCUGGUUCAAAUUGGGCUUCUGUUUUGUGGGCGGGUGCAUGAAUUGCGGGUUCUUUGCGGCUUAUCUGGUGAGCUGGUUUGGCUGGGCGUGA